AUAAUAAUAAUGGGAAAGAAGUCGCGUAUUCACAUUAUCAUUCUCCCUUUUAAACAACAUAAGCGCAGCGAUCAUUUUCCAGAAACACAAACACACAUUGAACGAUGAUGAUGUCGUCGUCUUCUUCUUCUACCUUUCUUGUUUUUCUGGCACUUUGCAGCAUAUUCAAUUCUUGUUUUUCCGACGAUUCUUUUGUUCAGUGUUUAUCCAACGUUACUGCUAAUCCCAUUCCCAAAGACGAAGUUUCCAGGAUUGUCUAUGAUUCCGGCAAUGCUUCGUUCCCGUCCGUUCUGCAAGCGUAUCUGAGAAACCGGCGUUUCAACGCCACUUCAUCUCCCAAACCGGUUGCGAUCGUGACGCCUUUGCGGGAGUCCCAUGUCCCGCCGGUGGUGCUGUGCGCUAAAGCCAUCGGCGUCCAACUCAGAAUCCGCAGCGGCGGACAUGAUUACGAGGGGCUUUCGUACGUUUCCAACGACACCUUCAUCAUCCUCGACAUGUUCAACCUCCGUAGUAUCCAGGUUGAUAUCGCCGGCGAGACUGCGUGGGUGCAGGGUGGCGCCACCCUCGGCGAGUUCUACUAUGGGAUAUGGGAGAAGAGCGCGGAGCAUGGGUUUCCAGCCGCAGUGUGCCCUACCGUGGGGGUGGGAGGCCACAUCACCGGCGGCGGAUACGGCAACAUGAUCCGCCGCUACGGCCUGACCUCCGACCACGUGGUGGACGCUAGGAUCGUGGAUGUGAACGGUAGAAUUCUGGACCGGAAGGCUAUGGGGGAAGAUCUCUUCUGGGCAAUCAGAGGCGGCGGCGCCGCCAGCUUCGGCGUCAUCUUGGCCUACAAAAUCGAGCUCGUUAAAGUCCCCAAAUCUGUGACAUAUUUCCGGGCAGAAAAAUAUUUCGGCCAAACCGAGAACUUCAACGACGUCAUUUCCCAGUACUUCAACGCCGCCAGCAAAACCGACGACAAUCUUUUCAUCAGGCUUAUGUUGCAGGUAACAACCCCGCCGGGCAGCCAAAACGUCACCGUCCGAGCAUCCUUCGUCGGAUUAUUCCUCGGAGAUUCCAACACGCUUAUCUCAAUCCUAAACGACCAAUUCCCGAAAUUAGGGCUAAACCUCUCGGAUUUAACCGAGAUGAGUUGGAUCCAAUCGGUUCUAACCUGGGCGAACUUCGACAACACCACAAAACCCGAAACAUUACUGAACAGAACCCCCGGCAAGUCAAGCUUUUUCCGGCGAAAAUCCGAUUACCUGCAAAAGCCCUUUCCAAAGGAGUCUCUCACCUCCCUGUGCGAGAAACUUCUAGAACUGGGCAACACAGGCCUCACAUUCAACCCAUACGGCGGAAGAAUGGCGGAAAUCCCGUCGACCGAAACGCCGUUCCCCCACCGCGCCGGAAUCCUGUUCAAGAUCCAGUACGCCGUGAACUGGAAAGAAGAAGGCGCGGCGGCGGACGAGAAGUACAGCUCGCAGAUAAGAGAGCUCCAUAGCUUCAUGACGCCGUUUGUUUCGAGUAAUCCGAGGCAGGCGUAUAUCAAUUACAGAGACAUCGACGUCGGAAUUAACCACCAUGGGGCUCAUAGCUACGAGGAAGGGAAGGUUUAUGGAGAGAGAUAUUUCGUGGGGAAUUUUGAGAGGUUGGUGACGGUGAAGAGCAGGGUGGAUCCCGAGAAUUUCUUCCGGUAUGAACAAAGCAUUCCAACUCGAAAUCAAACCUUAAUUUAAUCGAAUCUUGGUCGGAUCGAAGUAUCCACCGCCGCUUAUUAAAAUUUAAAAAUAAUAUAUUAAUAUUGACAGAUAUUAAUAUAUUUGCUAAAUUUGCUUUAUUUGUUCCCUUUCUCAAGGUUUAUUUUGAUUAUGAGCAUAUAAUAUAUAAAUAUUAAUGUGUAA